CGUUUUUGUUUUUGUUUUUGUUUUGUUGUUUUUCGGCUGGUAAGAGUUAGUAAGUCAAUUCUAGCUCUUGAUGGUUUAUUAAAGAGUCUAUAUCAUCUCUAACGAACUGAAGCCCUGAGCAAGAUCGUGGAGGGAAUAGUGCCAAGUCGGCAACUUUUUGAUUUUCUCAAUUUACUUAUUGGGUUUUUUGAUUGAUUUAGUGUUCCCAAAAAACAUUUUUUAACGAAAAGUUGGUUUCAAGCCCGUCAAUUCUUAUGUUUCAAGUAAUAAAAAAACCGUUUUUAGAGCAUGGAUAUCUAAGCGAAGGCACCUCACGACAUGCUUUUCGUCGACUGAAUUCUCACUAUAUAAACUACCCUUUGGAAUUAUCACUCCAGAAUAAUUAGAGGAGAAUGAAAUCCUUAGAAAGAUUCCUCUUCGCCGAAAACUAGUAACGAGACAGGAGUAUCAAUGUUUAUCUAACUAUAUGCCUCCACUGGCUUAUAAAAAAUCAAUCUAACUUUUGUGUUCGACAAUGUAUUAAGUUGAGAGAAAAAAUCAUAUCCGAUCAGUAUAUAUAUAUAUAUAUAUAUAAGUGGAGAAUGGAAGUAGAAAUUAUUUCCAAAGAGAGCAUUAAACCAUCUUCGCCAACACCUUGUCAUCUCAGAAUUUUCAAGCUUUCUGUUUUGGACCAGCUGAUUCCUGCUCCUUAUGCUCCAAUUAUCCUCUUCUAUCCUUCAGGUCUUGUUGACGUUCCAAAGAAGUUAGAAUCCCUAAAGAAAUCUUUAUCAAACACCUUAACCCGGUUCUACCCACUGGCUGGAGAGAUCAAAGACGACCUCUCCAUCGAUUGCAACGACCAAGGUGCUCAUUAUGUAGAAGCCACAGUCCACUGUCCUCUCCGUCAGUUUCUUUCCAAACCGGAUCUCUUAUUGCUCCAUCGAUUCCUUCCUUGCGAACUCGUGUUGAAGGAAUCCGACACGAGAACUAAUUACGUGACGAACAUUCAAAUAAAUGUCUUUGAGUGUGGAGGAAUUGCAGUUGGAAUAUGCAUUUCCCAUAAGAUCCUUGACGGUUCUGCUUUGAGCACCUUUCUCAAAGCCUGGGCUUCCACAGCUGGCUGCUGCAAACAAGAAAUAGUACAACAACCCAAUUUCCAGGAGGCGACGAAUUCCCUAUUCCCUACAAACGAUCUAUUGCUCAGAGACACGUCAAUUGUUAUGUUCGAUUCCUUGUUCAGGAAAGGCAAAUGCGUCACCAAGAGAUUUGUGUUUGAUGCUUCCGCCAUAUCCAUUCUCAAAGCUCGAGCAAGCAGCGAGCGCGUGCAACAACCUACGCGUAUUGAGGCGGUCUCGGGUUUCAUAUGGCAAUGCGCCAUAGCUGCCUCUAAAGUGAAACACGGUUCCCCUUGGCCAAGGCCGUCCUUGGUGACCCAUCUGGUGAACCUGCGCAGAAGGGUUGCACCGCCAUUAUCAGAUUCAGAGUAUUCCAUUGGAAAUCUGCUCUGGAUAGCGGCCGCGAAGUCCCCGUCGGCGUCGGCGGAAGAUGAUGAGGAAGGAAUGAGAGGCCUGGUGAGUGAGCUGAGGGAUGCGUUGUCAAAGGUUGACUCCGAAUAUGUAAAAAGGCUGCGAGGUGAGGAAGGGAACAGUGUGAUGUGCGAGUGUCUAAAGGAAAUAGGAGAGGAGGGGUCCAAAGGGGGGAGUGGAUUGUUUAGGGUUCAGCAGUUGGUGUAAUCUUGGGUUCUAUGAAACAGAUUUCGGGUGGGGGAAGCCUGUGUGGGUGAGCAGCGUUGGCUCAAGUGGGUCGGUGUUCAUGAACCUUGUGAUUUUGGUGGAAACAAGGUUGGGUGAUGGCAUUGAAGCGUGGGUGAGCUUGGACGAGCACGACAUGGCUCUUCUAGAAUGCAACCAGGAGCUCCUCAACUUCGUUUCGAUGGAUCCCAGCCCUUUUAGCUUGUUUUGUUUCUAGCCAAUAAUAGUAGUUCCGUUUCGUUUAUUUA